AUGAUCACGGUGCUGUCGACGGAGACGUGCCCGACGUCGGCGCCCUUCUUCGGCUUCAUGGGCGUCACGUCGGCCCUCGUCUUCGCGAACAUCGGGGCCGCGUACGGCACGGCGAAGUCCGGCGUCGGCAUCGCGUCCAUGGGCGUCAUGAACCCGGGCCUCGUCAUGCGCAACAUCAUCCCCGUGGUCAUGGCGGGCGUCCUCGGCAUCUACGGCCUCAUCGUCGCCGUCAUCCUCCAGGGCGCGAUCACGAAGCCCGACGCGGGCUCGGGCGGCACGACGAAGUUCUCGUCCUUCAGUGGCUACGCGUACCUCGCCGCGGGCCUCUGCUGCGGCCUCAGCGGCCUCGCCGCGGGCAUGGCCAUCGGCGUCGUCGGCGACGCGGGCGUCCGCGCCGUCGGCCAGCAGGAGAAGCUCUUCGUGGGAAUGAUCCUCAUCCUCAUCUUCGCCGAGGCGCUCGGCCUCUACGGCCUCAUCGUCGCCCUCAUCCUCUCCCAGCAAUCCGCCGACUGCCAGUGA